AUGGAAGAUGGAGAUAAAGGAGGUUUUGAUCAUGGCAUUCUCCUCGGAGACAGCGGUUAUGCCUGCCGCCCUUUCUUAUUGACCCUUUACCUCAACCCCCAGAAUGAUGCACAGGAGAGAUUCAACAGAGCUCACGGUCAAACGCGCAGCCAAAUAGAGAGAGCUUUUGGACGCCUUAAAAGAAGGUUUCAUGUCUUACACUCAGAGGUACGCAUGAAACCGCCCAGAGUUUGCAGAAUUGUAAUUGCCUGCGCAGUCUUGCACAACAUUUGCAUUACACUUGGUGAGCCAGAAGAUGAGGAUGAGCCAGAUCAGGAUCAGCCUCCCCAGCCUCCCUACCAAGGACAACAAGAUGGACGCGGUGUAAGGGAGUACGUGACAAGGCAUUAUUUUUCAAGAGCAUAA